GAAGUAGUGGAUCAAUCCGACGGUUGCGGUGCAAAAUUUUCGGUAGUUGUUGUCUCUGACUUAUUUCAAGGAAAACCCUUGCUGUCGCGUCAUAGACUAGUAUAUGGAAUCUUGGAGGAAGAACUGAAGACAAUUCACGCCAUUUCGCUAACAACAUUAACGCCAGAGCAAUGGGAAAAAACGAAAAGUUGAUUUUUGAAUCUUGUUAGAUUCUUUUUAUGGAUAUAAAAUCAAUAGCGAAUUAAUGAAAAGA